AUGGAUCUACCACCUUCCUCCGCCCCUAAGCCACGACUGAUGUGUAGCUACGGCGGCCGCAUCAUCUCACGUCCCCAAACCAAAACACUUUACUAUUCCGGCGGUGAAAACCGCUUACUUACAAUCCCCACCACCGACAACUACACCACCACAUUUACACUUUCUUCCCUCACCACCCACCUCUCCACCUUUCUCCGCCUCACCAUCCCAUUUACUCUCAAAUUCCAACUUCCAAAUCACGACCUCGACUUGCUCAUUUCCGUCUCGACCGACGAUGAUCUCCAAAUCGUGUUGGAAGAACACAAGAGAAUCUCUUCUAGUUCCACCGCUGCAUCUUUACAUAUCAGGCUGUUUCUUUUUCCAGUUGGCAAUGGCGAUAAAACUGAGUUGACUCAUCCGAAACGGGAGAGCUGGUGUGGUGAACAAGCUGAGUCCAUUCCUUUGGAAACUUCUUCUUCUUUUGGUUCUACUUCUUCGCUUUCCUUGUCUAGUUUGCCUCCAAUCAAACCCUUUCGUGAUUCAAUACCAAGCGAUGAAUGUCUCGGGAAUGCUGUUUCGAAUGUGCAGGCUGGAACUUUUCAAGACCAAGUUGGUCACAUUGCUUCAAUGGAGAAUAGGCUCUGUUCUAACACUUUUGAAUCAGACAAGAAAUUUGCUGAUCCUUCUUCUGGGUUUGAGAUGCAUAAACCUAUUCAUGCUUAUGGUUUUCCAGUAAAUCUGAUGCAUCCACCUCAGCAGCAAACACAAGGAAUUCAUGAGGAUACCCAUUACGUACCGUCAAACAUGCCUGGAACGCAGCCCGUUACGCCUUAUUACACAGUCUAUUAUCCGGCGCCACAGCAGCAGCAGCCGCAAUAUCUCCAUUAUCAGACAAAUCAGCCUUAUCCAAUGUAUUAUUCCCCUAUCGCACGAACUAAGCCCUACAGUAUACCUAUGCAACAUGGUAUGGAUCAAGCAACGAGUAUCAGUGCUGAUCAGCCCCAAGCUCUUCCAAAUGCUCCAUUGAUCCCAACUCAAGUGGUUCUCAAGGAGGUUGCAGCAGUACCUCAACAUGUAGCCGACUUAGCCUCACAGCAAUACCCAAAACUUCCAGCAGGACACCAACAUAUUCAUGUACCUCGUACCGAAACUGAAACGGCAUUUGCAGGGGCUCAAAUUCAGCACCAACCUCAAUCAUGCAGUGUUGCUGCUGGUGAAACCGCGAAUCAAGCUAACAAAGCUGAUGAUGACCCUGCUCGAGUCCAAAUGUACAAAUCUCAGCCACCCCCACCGGUGUGGCCUUCGCAAUAUCAAACAAUGACCAAAGCCACGACAUUGCUUUUGUCCGAGGCUAUGGCAAAGUUGCAUACAGACAAUGCUGACCAGAAACGAUUUUGGUAG